GAGGAGGGAGGGCAGCCGGCUGCGAAUUAGCCUAAGUUAUUAAAGAUGGCGGCGGAGCGGAGUCGCUCCCCGAUGGACUCGCCGGUGCCGGCCUCUAUGUUUGCCCCCGAGCCCAGCUCCCCGGCGGCGGCCAGGGCCGCGGCGGCCGCCGCCCGCCUUCAAGGCGGCUUCGACUCGGACUGCAGCGAGGACGGCGAGGCGCUCAACGGUGAGCCGGAGCUGGACCUCACCAGCAAGCUGGUUCUAGUGAGCCCCACAUCAGAACAGUAUGACAGCCUACUUCGGCAGAUGUGGGAGAGGAUGGACGAGGGAUGCGGAGAGACCAUAUAUGUCAUUGGGCAGGGAUCAGAUGGGACUGAGUACGGGCUGAGUGAAGCUGACAUGGAGGCCUCCUACGCCACCGUGAAGAGCAUGGCGGAACAGAUAGAGGCUGAUGUCAUCCUCCUGCGGGAGCGUCAAGAAGCUGGUGGCCGUGUGCGUGAUUAUCUGGUCCGGAAACGAGUAGGAGACAAUGACUUCCUGGAGGUCAGGGUAGCAGUUGUGGGCAACGUGGAUGCCGGCAAAAGCACGCUCCUGGGGGUCCUGACACAUGGGGAACUGGACAAUGGCCGUGGCUUUGCCCGCCAGAAGCUCUUUCGCCACAAACAUGAGAUUGAAUCGGGUCGCACCAGCAGUGUGGGCAAUGACAUCCUGGGCUUUGACAGUGAAGGCAAUGUGGUGAACAAGCCCGACAGCCAUGGUGGCAGCCUGGAGUGGACAAAGAUCUGUGAGAAGUCCACCAAGGUGAUCACGUUCAUUGACUUGGCUGGCCAUGAGAAGUACCUGAAGACCACUGUCUUCGGCAUGACUGGCCACUUGCCUGACUUCUGCAUGCUCAUGGUGGGCAGCAAUGCUGGCAUUGUGGGAAUGACCAAGGAGCAUCUGGGCUUGGCAUUGGCACUUAAUGUACCUGUCUUUGUGGUAGUCACCAAGAUUGACAUGUGUCCUGCCAACAUCCUACAAGAAACCCUGAAGCUGUUGCAGCGCCUGCUGAAGUCACCAGGCUGCCGGAAGAUCCCUGUGCUGGUGCAGAGCAAGGACGACGUGAUUGUUACUGCCUCCAAUUUCAGCUCUGAGAGGAUGUGCCCGAUAUUCCAGAUCUCCAACGUUACAGGUGAGAACCUGGAUCUCCUGAAGAUGUUCCUCAAUCUCCUGUCCCCUCGUACCAGCUACAGGGAGGAAGAGCCUGCCGAAUUCCAGAUUGAUGACACUUACUCUGUUCCAGGUGUGGGGACAGUGGUGUCAGGGACAACACUGAGGGGUCUGAUUAAGCUGAAUGACACGCUGUUGCUGGGCCCAGAUCCCCUGGGCAACUUCCUCUCCAUUGCUGUCAAGUCGAUUCAUCGCAAGCGCAUGCCUGUCAAGGAGGUGCGGGGGGGCCAGACAGCCUCCUUUGCACUGAAGAAGAUCAAGCGCUCAUCCAUUCGGAAGGGCAUGGUGAUGGUUUCCCCACGCUUGAAUCCCCAAGCGUCCUGGGAAUUUGAGGCUGAGAUUCUUGUCCUUCACCACCCUACCACGAUUAGCCCACGCUACCAGGCCAUGGUGCACUGUGGAAGCAUCAGGCAGACAGCCACCAUUCUGAGCAUGGACAAGGACUGCCUACGCACUGGGGACAAGGCCACUGUCCACUUCCGCUUCAUCAAGACCCCUGAGUACCUGCACAUAGACCAGCGGCUGGUGUUCCGGGAAGGCCGUACCAAGGCCGUUGGCACCAUCACCAAGCUCCUCCAGACCACCAACAACUCGCCGAUGAACUCCAAGCCCCAGCAGAUUAAAAUGCAGUCAACAAAAAAAGGCCCUCUGACCAAACGAGAAGAGGGGGGCCCAUCCGGAGGGCUGGCAGUGGGGGCAGCCCUACCUGGGGAUGAAGCCUGCUCUCCAGGCUCCGGGCAGCCAGCUGCGUCCAGCAGUCUCCAGCCACAGCCCAAGCCCAGCAGUGGGGGUCGGCGACGAGGGGGCCAGCGCCACAAGCCCCCAAACAGGUAAUGACAAAAGCUCUUCAGUCAUGACUGUGACGUGUGGAGGAGUGGCGACUGGACUAUAGGACUUCCCUGUCUCUGGCCCUUUCCAUGGAUCCAAAGACACCUGGUGGCUUCCCCUUGGAGACAAUCCUGUGCUUGCCUGGGCUGGCCCGGCUGCUCCUGGCUUCUGCCAGCCUGCCCAGUCUGGAGGGUCUCUUCUUGCCCUUAAGCUGCCUCCUGCUUGGACUUUGGCCUUUUUGGGGGCCUCUGGGCACUGGUACAAGACUGGGUCUGGACCUGCUCAGGAUUCUGUUUUCUAGCACCUCUUGUUGGUGGGGAGAGGGGUGCUCCUGUGAGCUGGGCUAGGACUGGAGACCCCCGUCCCACCGUGUCUACACAACAGGGCUGCUACUGGAGCACAGCGUGAAGGGCUUGAACCCCAGGUUUUGAACCUAGGUGGGGUACAGGGAGGGCACGUGGGGCAGCGGGAAGGACUCGUCCAGGCCCAGCACAGCGUUCAGCCCUUGGGAAGCACUGCUGCCUGGGGCGGGAGCGAGGCUGCCCAGACCAGGUGACGUGUAGCCCCAUCCUGCCAGGACUGAGCUCUGUUGUGCAGCCCUCAGUUUAGGGUAAGAGGGACAAGGGGUGUCCUUCUCUAGCCAGGGAAGACACCUGGCAGGCUGGGUCCUUCCGCCUUGCCUCCUUCCCAUCCCCAGCCCUCUCCUGUCCUCUCCUGCCCUCCUAGCUGUUUCUAGUUACCACUGCCCCGUGGCCAUGGACUGACCGGACCAGCAUUCACAAUAAAAAUUUGUUCCAAGUUGACAGUGUCCGAUUCCCUGCCCAGCCUCCAGGUGGAGGUGCUGUCACAGGGACACUGUGGAUCUGCCUGCCCCUCAGUGUCUGGUGGCAGCCCAGCAGGGCAGGCCACCAAGAGCCCUGCUUUCCACCAGGCAGGUGAGGUUCCUUAGCACCUGUGUCACGCAGGACAUUUCCACCCUUCUGUUUUGUUUCCUCAUCUGCAAGAAGCAGGUCUUGCUUCAGGCUGUGUGGGUUGGGUGAGUGCGUGCGACCCAGGUCCCCAGGCAGCUGGAAAGAUCUGGUGGCCAGGACUCCCAAGUGGGCUCACAUGCACAUGGCCUUGGAUACGCACAGCUGCCACCUCUGAGGUAGGCACCGUUCGCUCUGGUUUUCUAGUUGGGGAAACAAGCUGGUGGGGGCGGGCACGGCAGCCGUUGGUUCCUGCCUGUGCCAGCACUUGCCCUGCGGCUUUCCCCACUGGCUGCCUGGCUCAUCCUUGGGCUCGUGCCACCUCUGCGUGUGGCUGUUUCCCUUCGACUUUACCGGCUCUGGCCUGGUGCCUUCGUAAUGAGGGCUCUGGUGUUGAGGCAGGGCUGCUGGCCACGGGGAACCUCAUUUUGUUUGAACUCUUUGCCCCUAUAAGCAGCGGUGGACACCAAAAACAAUCUGUGUGUUCAGGAGCUCUAGCCACGACCCUGACCUCUGCCCUCACUCAGGAGGGUGGGUCCAGCCUCCAGUCCCACACUUGCCAGCAGGGAGCUGACUGAAUUCAGUUUACUGUCAUUGACAAGGACUACAAAGAUCUCUUCAGGUCUCAGCCUUCCCAUGUGUCCCUUUGGAACAGAACACCAGCCCAUUUGUAGUUGAAUAAAGUUGUUAAUCCAUUGAUCUCAACUCAAUGGCC